GUCAAGGCCUUAAAGACACCACUGAACAUGAUGGCACUGCGUGAUGAGAUUUCAGUGGUUGCAGUCAACAUCUCUGUAAAGUUUCCGUAAAAAUCAAAUGUUUCAGUGGCUGGCCUUUUUCAAACAAAACGGAGUCGCCGAAACCCGAAUCGUGUCUGGAGUCGUUCAGACCUCUCCAGCUAUGGCAGAGCAAGCGACUAACACUCACGGGCCAUCUGCCAACCCCGAGGUGGAUCCUCAGCAUGCCACUUCAGGGGAAGUGCCCACGGAUGAGAGCAGGGACCCAGGAGACUUGCAGAUGGAGAUGAGAGAGAGGUCCUCGUCACCAUCCUCAGCUAGCUCUGACAGUUUGUCUGAACUUGGGUUUGAUACCAUUGAAUGGCCAGUACCUAACACAAGGCCCGGUAUGACAGGUCUGCAUCUGGUCAAGCUGGGCAGGGACCGCCAGCGCAUGGACCAGCACAGAGACUUCACCGUGGCCUCUCCCGCUGAGUUUGUCACACGCUUCGGAGGCAACAAAGUCAUUGAAAAGGUGCUCAUUGCCAACAAUGGGAUUGCGGCGGUCAAGUGCAUGCGUUCGAUUCGCCGAUGGUCCUAUGAAAUGUUCCGGAAUGAGCGUGCCAUCCGAUUUGUUGUCAUGGUUACCCCAGAGGAUCUGAAGGCCAAUGCUGAGUACAUCAGGAUGGCUGACCACUAUGUGCCUGUGCCUGGAGGGCCGAAUAAUAACAAUUAUGCCAAUGUGGAGCUAAUUUUGGACAUAGCAAAACGUAUACCUGUCCAGGCUGUGUGGGCUGGCUGGGGUCAUGCAUCUGAGAAUCCCAAACUCCCAGAGCUGCUCAGCAAGAAUGACAUUGCCUUCAUGGGUCCUCCUAGUCAGGCCAUGUGGGCAUUAGGAGAUAAGAUUGCUUCAUCCAUAGUGGCUCAGACCGCUGGCAUCCCAACUCUCCCGUGGAGUGGAACAGGUAUGACAGUGGAAUGGUCGGAGAAUGACCAGAUAAAUAAGGUCAUUAGUGUACCCUCUGAUCUCUACAAGCAGGCGUGUAUCCAGGAUGUGGAAGAAGGCUUAGUGGCAGCAGAGAAAGUCGGUUACCCUGUGAUGGUUAAGGCCUCAGAAGGGGGUGGGGGCAAGGGCAUCCGCAAAGUCAACAGUGCUGAGGACUUCCCCAAUCUCUUUAGACAGGUCCAGACCGAAGUCCCUGGUUCGCCCAUCUUUGUCAUGCAGUUGGCCAAACAGUCUCGCCAUCUGGAGGUGCAGCUUUUGGCAGAUCAGUAUGGCAACGCCAUCUCGCUCUUUGGCCGCGACUGUUCCGUCCAACGCCGCCACCAGAAGAUCAUUGAGGAGGCUCCGGCCACCAUUGCUCCAUCAGAUGUAUUUGAACACAUGGAGAGGUGUGCCGUGACAUUGGCCAAGAUGGUGGGGUACGUAAGUGCCGGCACAGUGGAGUACCUCUACGGCCAAGAUGGCAGCUUUUACUUCCUGGAGCUCAACCCCCGCCUGCAGGUGGAGCACCCCUGCACUGAGAUGGUCGCAGACGUCAACCUCCCCGCUGCUCAGCUUCAGAUUUCGAUGGGCAUCCCCCUGAACCGAAUCAAGGACAUUCGCAUGAUGUACGGGAUGCAGCCCUGGGGCGACUCCCCCAUCGACUUUGAGGCCAUGUCCACAUUGCCCUCUCCCCGCGGCCACGUCAUCGCUACACGUAUCACCAGCGAGAACCCUGAUGAGGGGUUCAAGCCCAGCUCGGGGACGGUUCAGGAGCUGAACUUCCGCAGCAGCAAGAACGUGUGGGGCUACUUCAGCGUGGCUGCCACAGGGGGGCUGCACGAGUUCGCUGACUCGCAGUUUGGCCACUGCUUCUCCUGGGGAGAGAAUCGAGAAGAGGCCAUCUCGAACAUGGUGGUGGCCCUGAAGGAGCUGUCCAUACGUGGAGACUUCCGGACCACCGUGGAGUACCUCAUCAAACUGCUGGAGACGGAGAGCUUCCAGCAGAACCAAAUAGACACAGGCUGGCUGGACAGGCUCAUCUCUGAGAAGAUGCAGGCUGAGCGUCCUGACACCAUGCUGGGUGUGGUGAGUGGAGCCCUCCAUGUGGCCGACUACAGCCUGAAGAAGAGCGUCUCAGAUUUCCUGCACCCACUGGAAAGGGGUCAGGUUCUGCCCGCCCACACGCUGCUGAACACGGUGGACGUGGAGCUGAUCUACGAGGGCACCAAGUUCGUGCUGAAGGUGACCCGUCAGUCGUCCAGCUCCUACGUGGUGCUGAUGAACGGCUCGUGCAUCGAGGUGGACGUGCACCGGCUCAGCGACGGAGGCCUGCUGCUCUCCUACGACGGCUCCAGCUACACAACCUACAUGAAGGAGGAGGUGGACAGGUACCGCAUCACCAUUGAUAACAAGACGUGUGUGUUCGAGAAGGAGAAUGACCCCACGCUGCUGCGCUCGCCCUCCGCUGGGAAACUCGUCAAGUACAUGGUGGAGGAUGGAGGCCAUGUCAGCACCGAACAGUGCUACUGUGAGAUAGAGGUGAUGAAGAUGGUUAUGAGUCUGAACACUACUGACCCGGGUAACCUUUACUACGUCAAGCGCCCUGGGGCCGUGCUGGAGCCUGGCUGCGUCAUUGCAAGACUGCAGCUGGACGACCCCAGCCGGGUGCAGAGGGCUGAGCUCUUCACGGGGUCGCUCCCUGUGAUCCAGUCGGCGGGGCUGCAGGGGGAGAAGCUGCACCGGGUCUUCCACCACACCCUGGACCACCUCUCCCACGUCAUGAACGGCUUCUGCCUGCCGGAGCCUUUCUUCAGCAUCAGGCUGAGGGAGUGGGUGGAGCGUCUGAUGCGGCUGCUGCGCGACCCCUCGCUCCCGCUGCUGGAGCUGCAGGACAUCAUGACCAGCGUGUCGAGCCGCAUCCCCCCCGCUGUGGAGAAGGCCAUCAGGAGGGAGAUGGCGCAGUACGCCAGCAACAUCACCUCCGUCCUCUGCCAAUUCCCCAGUCAGCAGAUCGCCAACAUCCUCGACAGCCACGCUGCCACGCUCAACAGAAAGUCAGAGCGAGAAGUCUUCUUCAUGAACACACAGAGCAUCGUACAGCUGGUCCAGAAAUAUCGCAGUGGUAUCCGUGGGCACAUGAAAGCAGCGGUCAUGGACCUCCUCCGACAGUACCUGAGUGUGGAGGUCAAGUUUCAGAGUGGCCACUACGACAAGUGCGUGUUCACGCUGCGGGAAGAGAACAAGGACGACCUGGCCAAGGUGCUCAUCUCCAUCUUCUCCCACGCGCAGGUCGCCAAGAAGAACCUGCUGGUCACCAUGCUCAUCGACCAGCUCUGUGGCAGAGACCCCACACUGACAGAUGAGCUGGUGGCCAUCCUGACUGAACUCACGCAGCUCAGCAAGACCAUCAAUGCUAAGGUGGCCCUGCGCGCACGACAGGUGCUGAUUGCCUCGCACUUGCCCUCCUACGAGCUCAGGCACAACCAGGUGGAGUCCAUCUUCCUGUCGGCGAUCGACAUGUACGGACACCAGUUCUGCAUUGAGAACCUGCAGAAACUGAUUCUGUCAGAGACCUCCAUAUUUGAUGUGCUCCCCAAUUUCUUCUACCACAGUUAUCAAGUGGUGAGAAUGGCAGCGCUAGAGGUGUACGUCCGCAGGGCUUACAUCGCCUACGAGCUGAACUGCAUCCAGCACAAGCAGCUGAGUGAAGGCUCCUGCAUCGUGCAGUUCCAGCUCAUGCUCCCGACCACACACCCCAACAGGUCGAGCUUCCCCUCCUGUUCCAGCCAGUAUGGCUCGGUGCCCACGCCCAACAUGAGUGACCUGGUCCUGGAGUCCUUCGGGCCGCCCUGUCAGCGCAAAGGAGCCAUGGUGGCCUUCAACUCCUUCCAGGACUUCAACAGAAACUUUAAGGAGGUGUUGAGGUGCGUUUCCAACUCUCCGCCGUCCAGCCCCACUUUCACUGACGGAGUGAAGCUUGGUCUAUAUGAAGAGGAUGGAGGAAAGAGUGGCCAGGACGAGCCCAUCCAGAUCCUUAAUGUGGCCAUUAAGACGGACGGGGACAUUGACGACAACGCCCUGGCCUCCAUGUUCAACGAGUUCAUCCAGUCAAAGAAAGCCCUGCUAGGGGAACACUGCAUCCGCAGACUAACACUCCUGGUGGAGCAGAAGGACUGCAGGCACGAGAUGAGCUUUGAGGUGGAUCAGAGGUUCCAUCGAGAGUUCCCCAAGUUCUUCACCUUCCGUGUCAGAGAUGAGUUCGAGGAGGAUCGGAUAUACAGGCACCUGGAGCCUGCGCUGGCCUUCCAGCUAGAGCUCAACCGCAUGCGGAACUUUGCCCUGACCGCCAUCCCCUGCUCCAACCACAAGAUGCACCUUUACCUGGGCGCCGCCCGUGUGAAGGCGGGCGCAGAAGUGACGGACUACCGCUUCUUCGUGCGUGCCAUCAUCCGCCACUCAGACCUGGUCACCAAGGAGGCCUCUUUCGAGUAUCUGCAGAAUGAAGGGGAGAGGCUGCUGCUGGAGGCCAUGGACGAGCUGGAGGUGGCCUUCAGCAACACCACCGUCCGCACCGACUGCAACCACAUCUUCCUCAACUUCGUCCCCACUGUCAUCAUGGACCCCUCCAAGAUUAAGGAGGCCGUGCGUCUGAUGGUGAUGCGCUAUGGGAGCAGGUUAUGGAAACUGCGCGUCCUGCAGGCCGAGCUGAAGAUCAACAUCCGCACCACGCCCUCCGGUGACACCAUCCCCAUCCGCCUCUUCCUCACCAACGAGUCCGGCUACUACCUGGACAUCAGCCUCUACAAGGAGGUCACCUGCACCGACCAGGAGGGCCACAAAGACCCGCAGGUCAUGUUCCAGGGGUACGGGGACAAGCAGGGCCCGCUGCACGGCAUGCUCAUCAACACGCCCUACGUCACCAAAGACCUGCUGCAGUCCAAGCGCUUCCAGGCCCAGACGCUGGGCACCACCUACGCCUAUGACUUCCCCGAGAUGUUCAGACAGGCACUGCUGAAGCUGUGGAGCUCCAUGAAGGCCCAGGCCCAUCUCCCAGAAUGCCCGGCACCCACCGAGCUGUUGACCUUUACAGAGCUGGUGUUGGAUGCCCAGGGCCAGCUGCAGCAGCUCAACCGCCUGCCAGGAGGCAACGAGAUUGGUAUGGUGGCCUGGCUGAUGACCCUGCGCACCCCCGAGUACCCGUCGGGCCGCGAGGUGGUGGUCAUCUGCAACGACAUCACGCACAAGAUCGGCUCGUUCGGGCCGCAGGAGGAUGUGCUGUUCCUGCAGGCGUCGAUCCUGGCCCGCCAGCGCCGCGUGCCACGCCUCUACAUCUCUGCCAACAGCGGCGCCCGCAUCGGCCUGGCCGAGGAGAUCCGGCAGAUGUUCCACGUGGCGUGGCACGACCCCAGCGACCCCUACAAGGGCUUCAAGUACCUGUAUCUCACCCCUCAGGACUACAAGAAGGUGUCAGCGCUGAACUCGGUGCACUGCGAGCAUGUGGAGGACGAGGGCGAGUCAAGGUACAAGAUCACAGACAUCAUUGGCAAGGAGGAGGGGCUGGGCGUGGAGAACCUGCGGGGUUCCGGAAUGAUCGCCGGCGAGUCCUCUCUGGCGUAUGAGGAGGUCAUCACCAUGAACCUGGUGACAUGUCGGGCCAUUGGUAUCGGCGCGUACGUGGUGCGGCUGGGCCAGAGGACCAUCCAGGUGGAGAACUCCCACAUCAUCCUCACCGGGGCCGGCGCUCUCAACAAGGUGCUGGGAAGGGAAGUGUACACGUCCAACAACCAGCUGGGAGGAGUGCAGAUCAUGCAUAACAAUGGAGUGACCCACAGUACAGUGUGCGAUGACUUUGAGGGAGUCUACACACUCUUACAGUGGCUGUCCUACACGCCCAAGUGUGUCUCCAGCCCUGUGCCAAUACUACAUGCCAAGGACCCCAUCGACCGUCCGGUGGAAUUUGUGCCUACGAAGGCACCCUACGACCCUCGCUGGAUGCUGGCAGGACGCCCUGGUCAAGGUGCGAGAGGGCUGUGGCAGAGUGGCUUCUUUGACCACGGCUCAUUUCAGGAGAUCAUGCAGCCCUGGGCACAGACAGUGGUGGUGGGCCGAGCAAGGCUAGGUGGUAUCCCCACAGGAGUGGUCGCCGUGGAAACCAGAUGUGUGGAGCUGUGUGUCCCUGCAGACCCCGCGAACCUGGACUCUGAGGCCAAACUCAUCCAGCAGGCAGGCCAGGUAUGGUUCCCUGACUCGGCCUUCAAGACGGCCCAAGCCAUCAAGGACCUGAACCGGGAGGGCCUACCACUCAUGGUCUUCGCUAACUGGAGGGGCUUCUCCGGGGGCAUGAAAGACAUGUAUGACCAGGUGCUGAAGUUCGGGGCCUACAUCGUGGACGGGCUGAGGGAGUACCGGCAGCCGGUGCUGGUCUACAUCCCCCCACAGGCCGAGCUCAGGGGGGGCUCGUGGGUGGUGAUCGACCCCACCAUCAAUCCCCAGCAAAUGGAGAUGUACGCCGACGUGGACAGCCGUGGUGGUGUUCUGGAGCCAGAAGGCACGGUGGAGAUCAAGUACCGUAAGAAAGCCCUGGUGAAGACCAUGAUGCGCGUGGACCAGAUGUGCAGCAGUCUGUGUGAGCAGCUGGGUUCCCCGGACCUCAACGACGCUCAGCGUAAGGACUUGGAGAGUGCCCUGAAAGAGCGCGAGGACUUCCUGUUGCCCAUCUACCACCAGGUGGCAGUGCAGUUCGCCGACCUCCACGACACGCCCGGCCGCAUGCAGGAGAAAGGCGUCAUCACGGAUAUUCUUGAGUGGCAGACCUCGCGGCAGUUCUUCUACUGGCGUCUGCGGCGUCUGCUGCUGGAGACGGAGCUGAAGCGGCGGAUCACGGAGGCGAGCGGCGGCCACCUGACCGACGGCCAGAUGAAGGCCAUGCUGCGCCGCUGGUUCGUGGAGGCCGAGGGCGCCGUGCAGGCCUACCUAUGGGACAGUAAUAAGGAUGUGGUGGAGUGGCUGGAGAAGCAGCAGGUGGCCGAGGAGGAGGAGGGCACCAGAUCAGUCAUUGAGGAGAAUAUCAAGUACAUCCGACGGGACGGCCUCCUCAAGAAGCUGCACAGUCUGGUGGAGGGGAACCCGGAGGUGGCUGUGGACUCCAUCGUUCACCUAGCCCAGAACAUGUCCCCCUCCCAGAGGGCCGAGGUGCUGCGCAUCCUCUCGGCUGUGGACUCCCCCACCACCGCCUCCUAACGCAGAGCGCUGCACCACAACUGGAUCCAACUGGAAUCGGACCACUGGCUCAUCAGCCAGUUGGCUUUUCUCUGGCAUGGCAAACAUUGUCUGAGAUCUGCUGCUAAAAAGACACGCACGCGCACACGCGCACACACACAAACACACACACACACACACACACACACACACACACACACACACACACACACACACACACACACACACACACACACACACACACACACACACACACACUGAGGCCCACCUCAGGAAGGGCAAGAAAUUGUCAAGUGCAAUUAUGAGUGCAGUAAGACAAUGCUAUUUCAGGUAGCAUUAAGGGUUUAGAGGUGUAAUUUAAAAAUAUAUAUUUUACUGUAAUGUUUAAAUGGAAGAACCUUGAAAAAAAAAUCACUCGCCAAUGAUGUCGCCUUAGCCACAUGGAGGCAUGUUACAAUCUCUUCUGUGUCAGUUUUAGAAAGUUCUAGAUGCAGUCCUCAGAACUUUAAACGGACAAGAUAAAGAGGAUCGCCUUUCAUUUAGCUUUUUUCUCUCCCUCUCUCUGUUUUUGAGGGUGUCAAUAACAAUCUAGACAUCAGUAAGUGCCAGUGUAUUGAUUGAGGGAUGUGUGUACGUGUGUGUGUGUGUGUGUGUUUGUGUGUGUGUGUGUGUGUGUGUGUGGAUUGGGAGAUUAAAACGCUCUCAGAAGGAGCUCUUAAUUGAUGAUCAAACGCGGCAGGUGUAAAUAGCUGUUGUGUGCAUCUGGCUCAGGCUGCAGUACCAGGGGAGUGAGGUGGUGAGGGGGGGGAGUGGGGGAGUGGGGGUAUCAAAGCCCUGUGGAAGCUCGAGAGGCCCCCCAUUCAGCACCGACCCUUUCAUACUGACCCCGAGGUCAGCCACAGACAGACAGAUGCACAAACAUGCAAACACACACGGGCCGCGUCACACACAUGAAAGCACACACAAAAACACACUUCCCUACAAACACAAUGAGCUGUGAAACCCAAAGCCCACACACACACACAUACUUACUCACGCAGGCAAAAUGGACAGAGCUAAUUGCAGUUGUCAAACUAAUAUCUCACUUAAUAUUUGCACCCAGAACACUAAUUAUUGAAAGACCUCGCAUGGGCAAAUGAAGGGUUCUGCCAGAUUAAAUGUCCAAUCUUCUGUCUAUGUACAACUUUGUUUUGUUGUCCUAUGAGCUAUAAUGUUCUUGUCCUCUGACAUGUUUUUCAAUAGGAGUCAGAAAUUUGUCUGUGACCUGUAUGGUCCUGUAUUUAAUUCUAAUAAAGGAAUCUUGCAUGUGAAAUUGUAAAAGGCAUUGUGCUCUGUGAAUAUUAAAAAGUAUCAUACCCGCUCUAAUUCUUAUCUCUGUGAAAUUGACUUUGAAGCCUUCAUUUCCAUGAGCGCCUUUCCUUUUAACGCCGAAAAUUAUGCUGACGGAAAACCAAAGACAUUGAGGCUGACCACAGUGCAAACUUUUAAACUUUUAGAGGAGAAUGAAGUAUACAAGCCAAACAUACUGGAACCAUACAGCAUCCGUCACUGCACUGGAAGUAGCAGUAGCAGC